UUGACAUAGGUAUUAUUAAAUCUAAUUACAAUUUGUGAAAACGCGAACUAAAGAAUUAUCUCAGGUAAUAUUUUAGAAGAAAUACCAUCCACCUCUUCUUCUUUUUCCCCAAAUGGCAAUAUUUCAAAUUUAGAUUUCUUCACUAAGCUUCUAGCAUUACCAAAUCCUACUGAUAUUGGCCAUUUUAACCAUCUAACGUUAUCAGAUGAGUUGAAAAAGUUUAUUGUUGAAUAUGGAUCAUGUCAACCCAAAGGACCAUUUUAUAGAUAUUCAGAUUCAUUAAAUAAUCGCGUAUCUAAUUUAACGUUUAAUGAAAAAUAUUAUUAUUCUGGGUCAUCAGUGCCAGGUGGAAAGACAAUUAGACUCUGGUUAUGUUAUUCAAUUAUUCGCCAAGUGGCAUAUUGCCAGCCAUGUACUCUGUUCGGGAAUAGAUUAAAAAACAAACAAACAUCAUGGAUUGAAGGUUUUUAUGACUGGGAUCACAUAACAAUUGAUAUUAGCCGUCAUGAAAGUUCUACAUUUCAUCUUGUGUCAUGUAAAGCUUAUAAUAUGUAUUCUAAAAAUUUAAGUAUAGACAGUCAAAUAAAGAAGCAAGAAGAUUCUGAAGCUGAAUAUUGGACCGCAGUUUUAAAGCGUAUAAUAGAUGUAACUAUCACACUAGGUGGCCAAAAUUUAUCUUUCAGGGGUCACAGAGAAGAUGCCAACUUAAAAAAUCCUGGAAAUUUUAUGGCUAUAUUAAAACUUCUAACUAAAUAUGAUCCAAUAUUGGCUACACUUCUAGAAAAACCAAAGAGAAGCGUAAAAUAUCUGAGCCAUCAAGUUCAAAAUCAAAUAAUCGCAUUAGUUGAAAGUGAAAUAAAAAAAAAUAUAAUAUCUGAUGUUUCUUCUGCGCCAUUUUUUUCCUUAAUUCUAGAUUCAACACAAGAUGUGAGCAAGGUCGACCAAGUUUCUACGAUAUAUCGGUACGUGCAUAUAGAAAAAGAUGAACUAGGAAUUCCUAAAAGUAUUGAAAUAAAAGAAGAUUUCAUUGGAUUUUCCGAAGCAGAAGGAAGUACGGGUGAAGCAAUAGAAAAACAGACUAUUGAGAUAUUUAAAGAGAAUGGUCUUGAUAUUGGUAAAUUUAGAGGAAUUGGAUUAGACGGCGCAGCAAGUAUGAGUGGCAAACAUAAUGGCUUGCAGGCUCGACUUCGGAAACGACAACAAAAAGCCAAAUAUGUUCACUGUGCGUCGCAUAAUUUAAACUUGGUGGUAAACGAUUCUGUUAAAAACAUUGUCGAAAUUAGACAAUUUUUUGAGAUGUUAGAAACCUUAUAUACUUUUUUUGGAAACAGUAUACUUCGAUGGUCAAUGUUGAAAAAAGAAAGCAGUGACAUUUCUAGAUCACUUAAAAGGCUGUGCCCUACACGAUGGUCGUCUAGAAUUGAUUGUUUAAUAUCACUCAAUCAUAUGUACCCAGACGUUAUGAAAGUUUUAAACAACAUAACAUUGACUGGGCGUAAUAAGGAUGAACAAAACGAAGCCUCCACACUCAAAAAAUAUUUCCAAAGGUAUGAAACAAUUAUUUUAAUCCUUGUGAUGUAUAAAAUAUUGUCAAAAAUUAAUUUAGCAUCCAAAAUACUUCAAUCACCUGGAGCUGAUAUUGGAAAGGCUGCUGAUUUGAUAAAAAACACAAUGGAAAAUAUGUUGAAAAUCCGUGAUAACUUUAAUAAUUUGAUAGAGGAAGCAGAUUCUAAAGCGUUACAGUGGAAUGUAAAACCGGAGUUUUCUUGUAAACGAACGAGAAAAGUAAAACAAUUUUAUGGUGAGCUAUGUCAAGAUCAACGUCUUUCACAAGGAAACCGUUAUUUUGAAACGCAAGUUUUAUAUCGCUGUAUCGACACUGUAGUUACACAAUUGAAAACAAGAUUUGAAGGUCUAAGUGAAAUAAGUAAUUUAUUUAGUUGUAUUUUAAGACUGCCUACAAUAUCAGAUGACGAGAUCAGUGAGGGUACAAAAAAGUUGGCUGAUGAAUUUCAGGACUUUAAUCCAGCAGAACUUGCCUCACAAAUUGAGUCAUUAAAGUGUCUGUUUGCUUCUGAACUUAAGUCUUGUAACAGCGUUUUUGAUAUGACUAAAUUAUUAAUAAUUGAAAAUAAUAAUUUAAUUACUAGUUUCCCUGACUUAUUAACGGCAUUUUACUUGUUCCUUACAUUACCGGUUACUGUGGCGAGUGCAGAAAGGACAUUCUCAAAACUUAAACUAAUUAAAAAUUAUCUAAGAAGCACAAUGUCCCAAACACGGCUUAGUGGUCUUGCGAUGAUUUCAAUAGAAAAUGAGCGUGCUAAAAAAUUGAACUUAUCGUUAUUGGUGAAGACGUUUGCUCAAGACCGUAGCAGAAAAAAAUCAUUUUCAAUGUAAAUAAAAAAUUAUAAUUACUGUUUCCGAAAUUAUAAUUCAAUAAAUUAUUAAUUUACCAUAUAUAUAUUUUUUUUUUAUUGCAUACAAAUAAACAGCCCAAUGUUUAGAAAUAGAUAUUACAGAUAUAGGGCCUCCAAAAAUAUUGUAUCCACGGGCCUCGAUGAUCGUAGUUCCGCCACUGGAUGAUGUUACUAUGAUAUUAAACACUAAUAUUAUUUUGGUAAUUUAUUCUUAAAGACAAAAUAUGUCGGCUG